AUGUUGGAUGUGUCUGCCUCUGAUAGUGAGGUCAAUGACUCCUCACGAACAGGUGUCGACACGUCGGAGCAAACUACUAGUUCUGAAAACGAAGACGAUCCUCUCAAGAUGGUGGAUUCUGCGGACGAAGACGAGGCGGACGACGUCAUAGGAGUCAGUAUCAGCCAUGCGCAGUCGCGGAUGAAGGCAAGAAGUACACCAGCGGAGGAGAAAGCCAGGGCGAUGAAUCAAGGCGGCAGCUACUUUGGCACGAUUCCAGACGAAGAAGGUGGGCCAGAAUAUCUACACUCGAUAACCACCGAACCGGACUCUCUCGAUGCAAAACAGGCUACGGACGAGGAAGAUGAGCGAGAAGCAGAAGAGGUUCGACAAACCGAGUUCCCGACGACAGUUCCCAAAGAUGGGAAGGAGGGUCCACGUUCUCGGUUUACAAGAACUAUCCUGAGUGGUCUACCUACUCGCCCGCGUGCAUGGACUGGAGAAGGAGUGGCCAAUAUCAAGCUGAAGAAGUUUCUUCCCGACUUCAACUCUCUAACCAAGCGAUCUUCUCUAUCUUCCUUGAUCUCCGGACCAGGUCAUAACCGCUCCCGAAGUCUGUCAACAAAAGUCGUGAGUGCCAGGUCGGAACCAGUGAAGCAAAAGCAAGCCCUUGAAGAUGCGCCCCAAGUUGAUCAGCGGCGGCCAUAUACUAGUGCAGACUAUACCAACACCGCGGGUGAGGAGCCAAUUUCCGAACUUAAGCCUCUGAAUAAAUCAACCAUGGCGAGACAUUCCUACCAACAGAGACCCGGCCUUGCUACAGUUGGACCACCGCUCGCUUUACGCAGGUCAGCGUCUGACCAAUCCAUAUAUCUGAGGAAUCUGUCACGGACAUCUUCCUUGGAAGACCGCUCGCGCUAUGAGAAUGUGCAUUCGCAGGUAAAUGUUCGCUUCAAGGCGAUUAAGGACAGUCUUCAAGACUCGAGUAGUAGACUAUUGAGCAUGCCGGGGUUGAAUUUUCAUGAUAUGAAGAGCGACUGGGGUUACGGCCGUUUUGUCAGUGACGUGCAUCAGCGUCGACUGGGACACACAGAGCAUGCAGUUGACGGCGGACGAGCGAAGUUUGACUCACAAUCCAAGACUCGGUCGGCUAAGACGAAGAAGGAAGUUUUGUAUCCUGCCUUGACACAAGCAACGUCAGUGCUGACCGGCGAUGUGGUCGUUUUAGGCGGAUACAGAGGAUCUGUCCUUCGCUCCGCUAAGCCACCGCACCGCCAACUCUGGGUACCCAUGAAAGUUGGUCUGAAUAUCCGUAAAGUCGACCUUGAAGUUGGCCUGACGCCAGAAGAUGAGGGGAAGAUGGAAGAGAAGAUCAUAGCAUCCGGCACCCUUUCACAUAUUGGCCCCGUUGACAUUUGUCGGAGGUUGAUGAACAAACUACGAAAAUGCGAGAAUGCGAGAGACGGAAAACUUCGGGUGUGGGACUAUGGAUAUGACUGGCGGCUGAGUCCGCAUCUCUUGUCACGCAGGUUGAUCGAGUUUUUGGAGAAGCUACCAUCGAACAGCCCUGAUACACCGCCGGAGAAAAGAGGCGCUUUCGUCGUUGCACACAGUCUCGGUGGCCUGAUCACGAGGCAUGCUGUCAAUCAACGACCGGACUUGUUCGCCGGCGUCGUCUAUGCCGGUGUCCCUCAGCACUGCGUCAAUAUUCUAGGGCCCUUGCGAAAUGGAGAUGAAGUCCUUCUAAGUUCCCGUGUCCUUACGGCACAGGUGAACUUUACCUUCCGCACGAGUUAUGCACUGCUGCCGGAGGAUGGCCGUUGUUUUAUAAACAAGAAAACAAAGGAAGAAUAUUUGGUUGACUUUUUCAAUGUCGAUACAUGGGACGAGUAUAGACUGUCCCCAUGCAUAACAGCGCCUCUGCCGCCAAUGGGCGGCGAUUCGAGGAAGGGCCUUAUGGAUAUCCCCAGCUCGCUUCCGUCCUUGCCAAAGGUCGGAAAGCGAUUCUCUACAGUACUUGGCGGGAAAGAUGGGACGAACGAGGAUCCAUCAGCUCCUAAGACGGGCCGCGAACAAGAGCAGGGACGACAUGUGCCACGAAAUGGCGAAGAGUUGAAGCAAAUGUCCAAACCGCGUCAUUCUGGGAGCGAACAACAGAUCACUACAGCAGCACCUGCAAUGCAAGGAGCAAUCGGUCCGACCACGAACCCGCGCACAACUACAACUGCUGGGAUGGGAACUACAAUCCCGAAGCACGAGGCCGUCGCAUACCUGCGGCGAACACUGUCCGAGGUCCGUCAAUUCAAACAGGAACUCGCAUUCAAUCCUUCCCACCAGGAAAACAAUCGGUAUCCCCCGUUUGCAGUGCUAUUCGGCAAAUCAGUACCCACAGUAUACGGGGCGAGAGUCACUUCGCGCGAGCACAUAAAGCACCAGGAUGCCUACGACGACCUUGCUUACGCUGCUGGCGACGGUGUGUGUCUUGCUUCCGCCGCCAUGUUGCCCGAAGGGUACCGGAUCAUCCGAGAUGGGCUCGUCAAAAGUGAACGCGGACAUGUGGGACUGCUAGGUGACUUGGAGGGUGCAGGCCAAUGUCUGUUAGCAAUCGUCCAAGGCAGGAGAGCAGGCGUUGGACUUGGCCGACCGCAUGAAGUCUCUGAAGAUGCCGCUCAAGCCUGA